GCUGGCUGCUCACUCAGUGAAGCAACGCGCUCUGCUAUAAAUACUUGACUCAUAGCCGAGGCUCUGCUGGAGCUCGGUGUCUGGAUUCACUUACUGUCCCUGGACGACUUGCAGAUCCACGCUUUGCUGUGGGCAGUUCGUGUUUGAGCCGCAGACCUGUUGGAUUUAUCUCUUUCACAGCUCUUCACGCUGUGGGACGUUUCCCACCACAGUUUUCCUCUGUUUUGGGAGGAUUUCUGUUUUCCUGAAGACCUGAAGAGUCUCUGUGUCUUUGGACUGAGCAGCUAUGGGAGACUGGGGGGAUAUUGCCAGUCAGAGGGUGGCCAGAGCCAUGUCACUGGGGAACGAUGAGGAGGCCGUGCUGGACCAGGGCAAGACCAGCUCCACCCUUUACACCAACUUUGAGAAAGAGGAACUGGAGAGUCACAGGGCGGUGUACGUUGGCGUUCACGUUCCGCUGGGACGUCAGAGCCGGAGGAGACACCGCCACCGAGGGCACCGACAUCACAGGAAACGAAGGGAGCGUUCAGACAGGGAGGACGGGCGGGAGUCGCCGUCGUACGACACGCCGUCUCAGAGGGUCCAGUUCAUCCUCGGCACGGAGGACGACGACGAGGAGCACCUCCCCCACGACCUGUUCACCGAGCUGGACGAGCUCGCCUUUAGAGACGGAGACAUCCAGGAGUGGAAGGAGAUGGCCAGGUGGUUGAAGUUUGAGGAGGACGUGGAGGACGGCGGUGAGCGUUGGAGUAAACCCUACGUGGCGACUCUGUCCCUGCACAGCCUGUUCGAGCUGCGCUCCUGCAUCCUGAACGGCACCGUGCUGCUCGACAUGAGGGCCAACACCAUCGAGGACAUCGCAGACAUGGUGAUCGACAGCAUGCUGGCUUCAGGUCAGCUGGAGGAGGGCGUUCAGGAGAAGGUGAGGGAGGCCAUGCUGAGGCGUCACCACCAUCAGAACGAGAAGAAGCUGAGCAACCGCAUCCCGCUGGUCCGAUCCUUUGCUGACAUAGGGGAGGGUAUGUCUUCCUCUCGGCUCUCCCUCCUCCGUCGUUGCUCCUUAGGCUCAUUCGAACUCUCCACUCCGCCCCCCUCUCCACGUGUCCCUGGCCUGUUCGGACGCCUCCUCCCUGGUUCCACCUCCUCGUCACAGACCAACCUCUCUCUGUACCGUUAUGGCCGCCACUUCUCCGAGCCCAGCCAGCCCGACAGACUCACCCUUCCCAUUCGUGCUUCCUCUCCACGCCGCUGCUCUGCUCCUGAGGGGCUGGGGGUAGGAGCAGGGAUACCUGAGGUGGUGGUUUACCCCCCAGAAGAGGAGGAAGAGGAGAUGUUAGAGAUGGAAGAUGAAGAUGGUGUGGUUUUACAUCAGGGCCACCUGGUUCCUCAAACAGGUCUGCUGGCAUCGCCUCAGUCGGCUCCUGGAAACCUCGACAACAGCAAAAACAGCGAGAGUCGCGUCAAUGGCGGCGGCGGAGGCAGCCGGGAGAACAGCACGGUGGACUUCAGCAAGGUGGACAUGAACUUCAUGAAGAAGAUUCCUCCCGGUGCCGAGGCCUCCAACGUCCUGGUGGGUGAAGUGGACUUCCUGGAGCAGCCGAUCAUCGCCUUCGUCCGGCUCUGUCCCGCCGUGCUGCUGUCCGGCCUCACGGAGGUCCCGGUUCCCACCAGGUUUCUCUUCCUGCUGCUCGGCCCAUUUGGAAAAGGUCCUCAGUACCACGAGAUCGGACGCUCCAUCGCCACGCUGAUGACAGACGAGGUUUUCCAUGAUGUAGCCUACAAGGCGAGGGACAGGACCGACCUGCUGUCGGGAAUCGACGAGUUCCUGGAUCAGGUCACCGUGCUGCCUCCGGGUGAAUGGGACCCCAGUAUCCGCAUCGAGCCCCCGAAAAGCGUCCCGUCUCAGGAGAAGAGGAAAAUGCCGUCAGUCCCUAAUGGCUCCGCCCACAGCUCUGAGACAGUGAAGGAGAUGGAGCAUCACACGGGACCAGAGCUGCAGAGGACGGGGAGGAUUUUUGGUGGUUUGGUGAACGACAUUCGGAGGAAGGCGCCGUUCUACUGGAGCGACAUCACAGACGCCGUGAGCCUGCAGUGUUUGGCCUCCAUCCUCUUCCUGUACUGCGCCUGCAUGUCGCCCGUCAUCACAUUCGGAGGUCUGCUCGGAGAAGCCACCAAAGGAAAGAUAAGUGCCAUAGAGUCGCUGUUCGGAGCGUCUCUGACGGGCGUGGCCUAUUCUCUGUUUGCCGGUCAGCCUCUCACCAUCCUGGGCAGCACGGGUCCAGUUCUGGUCUUUGAGAAGAUCCUCUUCAAGUUCUGUGGUCAGUACGGUCUGUCCUACCUGCAUCUGAGGACCAGCAUCGGACUCUGGACCGCCUUCCUGUGCCUGCUGCUGGUCGCCACCGACGCCAGCUCUCUGGUCUGCUACAUCACCCGGUUCACCGAGGAGGCCUUCGCCUCCCUCAUCUGCAUCAUCUUCAUCUACGAGGCGCUGGAGAAGCUGGUCCGCCUCGGGCAGCUCUACCCCAUCAACAUGCACAACCAGCUGGACAACCUGACCCUCUACACGUGUCGGUGUGCUCAACCCGCCAACGCUUCGGCUGAGGUCCAGCAGUUCUGGAGCAAGAAUAACGUGACCCCAGAAAGCGUCCAGUGGGAUCAGCUGAGCCUGGAGGAAUGCAAGAACCUUAUGGGGGAGUUUGUCGGCUCGGCGUGUGCCCACGAUGGUCCCUACGUCCCCGACGUCCUCUUCUGGUCCGUCAUCCUCUUCUUCACCACCUUCUUCCUCUCCUCGUUCCUCAAACAGUUCAAGACCAAGAGAUACUUCCCCACCAAGGUUCGAUCGACCAUCAGCGACUUCGCCGUCUUCCUCACCAUCAUGAUCAUGGUGCUGGUGGAUUAUCUGGUGGGAGUUCCUUCGCCAAAGCUCCACGUUCCCGACCGCUUCGAGCCCACGUCUCAAAAUCGAGGGUGGCUGAUCUCCCCGCUGGGGCCGAACCCCUGGUGGACGCUGCUGGCCGCUGCCAUACCUGCUCUGCUCUGCACCAUCCUCAUCUUCAUGGACCAGCAGAUCACUGCCGUCAUCAUCAACAGGAAGGAAAACAAGCUCAAGAAAGGGUGUGGCUACCACCUGGACCUGCUGGUGGUGGCGGUGAUGUUGGGUGUGUGCUCCAUCAUGGGCCUUCCGUGGUUCGUGGCGGCGACGGUGCUCUCCAUCUCCCACGUCAACAGUCUGAAGCUGGAGUCGGAGUGCGCGGCGCCCGGCGAGCAGCCGAAGUUCCUCGGCAUCAGAGAGCAGAGGGUCACCGGCUUCAUGAUCUUCUUCCUGAUGGGCUGCUCCGUCUUCAUGACCUCUGUCCUCAAGUUCAUCCCGAUGCCUGUCCUGUACGGAGUCUUCCUCUACAUGGGCGUGUCCUCACUCAAAGGCAUCCAGCUCUUUGACCGCAUCAAACUAUUCGGCAUGCCGGCCAAACACCAGCCAGACCUGAUCUACCUGCGCUACGUCCCGCUGUGGAAGGUCCACAUCUUCACCGUGGUCCAGCUGUCCUGCCUCAUUGUCCUCUGGGCCAUCAAAGCCUCGCCCGCUGCCGUCAUCUUCCCCAUGAUGGUUCUCGCUCUGGUUUUCAUCCGAAAGCUUCUGGAUUUCUGCUUCACCAAGAGAGAGCUGAGCUGGCUGGAUGACCUGAUACCGGAGAGCAAGAAGAAGAAGGACGAUGACAAGAAGAAGAAGGAGAAGGAGGACGCUCAGCGGAUGCUGGAGGAGACGGACGAGGAGCUGCCUUACAACAGAGAGGUCCUCAAGUUCCCGAUCAAAAACCUCAAGAAACGCGACCCAUCAGAGGUGAACAUCUCAGACGAAAUGGCCAAAAGCGGCAUCUGGAAAUCCGUUUCCAAAAACUCUGACAGCAGCAAAGCUCUGAAACGCACCUUCAGCCACGAGAAGCUGCCGAGCGUCCAGAUAAACGUGGAGAACGAGGACGGACGAAGAGUCGUGGAUGCUGAGACGGCGCUAUGAUCCACUGCCCGGGGGUGAAAGGUCGCAGGAGAACCAAUCUGAGCGUACCGUACUUCUCACUCUGCGUUGUCUCGAUCGAGGUGGACGUUUUAUUUUCUCAUCGUUUUAAGGUGAAACAUGGAGACUCCACUUUUGGAAACAGCUUCCUCAGGUUUUUUCUUUUUUUUUUUUUUUUUUUUUUUUUUUUUUUUCUUUUUUUUUUACUCGGGCGGUCUGCAGCUGCCGUGCUGUGAUUGGCUGCUGAAGAAAAAAAAAAAAAAAAGUCGGCGGAUGCCUGAAUCUCUCCAGACGGAUGUUGUGAGAAAGUUUGAUUUCAUCGUUUGAACUUUUCUGUUUCUGAGUUCAUGAAACAGGCGAGGCGCUUCAAACGUUCUUAUUUAAUCCAUCAUGCUGAUUUAGGUUUUUCUAUGUGUGCGUGUGUGUGUGUGUGUGCGUGUGGUUUCUGUUGUACCUCACCUUGUUGCCUACAGCAGAAAAAAAUGAAUGAUGUCACAGCUGCUGUUGUCUUAGUUUCUUUGUAAAGUUUAAUAAAUCAGUUUGGUGGCGA